UCCCGCUGCGCGUCUCACUUUGACGUAGUAGAUCGCCUGACGUCGAAGCGUCAACAUUCUUGUAUUCCCCACUGAAAUGCAACAAACUAAGUGCAAUCAAGAUUCAAGAAGUAGAGCAAGUUUUUCUACUUACAACUAAGUAUGUAGUUGAUGAAGCCGUUUAUUCCAGCAUGUUCAUGAUUACGAUUAGCCAUCAUCGAAGAAGAUGUAGAUGAUCUAGUAUCUCCUCGUGGCUUCUGCUAAUUCCACUAAUCUAAGUCUAUCAUUUUGAAUGUUUUUUGAUUCAGUUCCAACAACAACAAGCAUCACAAACAAGUCUAAAUUAUGAGCGGUAAAAGACGUGGCGGAGCUCAAAACGGUGGCGGCUACAGCCGUGACGCAGUCGAGGCAAUUUUGCGCGACGUUUGCCAGGUCGACAAGCAAUCUAGUACACAUUUUCCGUGGGAGGAAAAAGCAAAUGGUCAGCUAAAAUUUGACGUUGUUAAUGUUGAGGUGCAAACGCCAGAUGUUCGACGCACCAUCCGCAAAGCUUGUGUGAAUUUUUAUUCCACAACUGGCAAAUUGCUUAUUCAGGGCCCAGAUGGUCCAGCCUUUGACAGCUGGAUGAAGGAUCAGCUGCUUAUUCCAAGACCUCCAGCACCGGCAAGGGAAGCAACAGGAACAGACUAUCUUGCUAAUACAGGAGCAUCUGCGGGAGGUGUAGCAGCAUCAACAUCAGAUAGACAAGCACAACAUGUUCCCGGUGUUCAUGUUCGUACUCCCGAUUUUGUCGCGAAUGAUCGAUUUGCUAACGGGAAUCCACCUCUGAACGAUCAGCAAGUUGGCGUUUUUAGCGGAGCAGGCUCCUCGUCGAUCGUGUCCUGUACGACCAGCAAGGCGCCUGCUCCUGUCAAUACCUUUCAGCAGGUCGGCGAAGGCUACUCACAAGAGGAUGUCAAUGCGGUUGUCAGUAGACUCGUUGGUCGUGAGGCAACGUGGGAUGCCAAGCCUAACGGACAAAAGCUGUUAAAACUUCGCAACGAAGACCAGCUACCUGAAGCAGCGCCGCUUGGGACUUCUUUGAGUUUGGCGCUCAACUUCUAUUCCACUAAAGGUAAGCUCACGGCGCAGGGCAGAGAUGCGCGCUUGGUAGCUGCAUGGAUUUCGGAUGAGAUAGAUGUCCUGAGGAGGAACCGCGAAAGGGAACGAGAAAAGGAAAGGCAGGAGCAGAUGAAAAAGCUCAAAAUGGAACGUGAGCGAAGGCAGGAAGAGUGCAAACGCGAAUUGAAAGAUUUGGAAGCAAAUAGCAUGCAGCAAGAUCAGAGCAUGCGCGAGCGAUCACCACGAAGGUAUCUUGAGGACUUUUCUGACGACUCCAGCCAAAAUUAUUCAUGUGACGAGGCUGACUCUGACUCAAGCGAGGACGAAAAGACAGAAGAUCAAGCUUGCGAGCACUGUGGCUUGCCUCGCUGGAGGACGCAGAUGGUCAGUAAAGUGACCCGUAAAAGGAUUCAUCAUUGCAGGUUCAGAGUUUUGCUUCAGUGCUCAGCUCCGCGGUGCAUGCGAAAAUGGUCUGUAUGGAAGUACUUUCAUUCUGUAUUCCCGUAGGAGGACACGACCCCCGUGCUGUAUGCUGUGAGUAGCAUUUUGAAUGUUUUCGAUCUUGAACAUCAACAUUUUUUACAACUUCUGAUGGUGAGCCUGGGCAACAUCGUCAUCCUUCAUCUCGUCUCCCUCUCUCUCAUAGACAACAGUCGCGAUGGUGUGGGAGCCGGUCAGCGAUGUUUGGGAUGAGCAAUAUUGUCAGGGGUGCUAUCCUGGAGAUGACCCAGACCUUUCAAAUGCGAAGUGUGGCGAGAUUUUGGGGUACGAGAAGCUGGACCCAGAAAAGAGGCCACAACACGAUAGCACGAGGCCUCACGAUGCGGCCCGCUGCGGUCGGUGUAAAAUGGGGCUUUUCUGCUCUUUCAUGAGGUAGUUCUUGGUACUUUCAUGGGGCAGUUCUUGAUAUUGACAAGAAGAGCUUCAUUUUCACAGCGAACUUUUGAUGGAGUUCUUUCGUUUCGAGGAGGAACAAAAAGAAACACGACAACCAACGAACUAAGGGCUGGAGGCAUAGGCCGCCAGCCUCACCGCUAUAAGUCCAAUUAUGUCAUGUCAUGGUACCUCUUUUGUAAGUAUUAGUGUCUACUUAUUCUUGCGAUUCUAUAUCUAUUUCAAAUAGUAUUGUUCAACA